GACUCACCGCUGGGGCAUAUUUCCCCGUUUAUCUCCGUAGGACGACACUGCAGAUAAACCCAUGCCGUUACCAUUACUAGCGGUGUGGGAGAGUUAACUCGUCGUCUGGCAGACACCGCUGAAACGUUUUUCUGGAUUUUGUAUUGACAUUUUUGGGGGAAUUUUUUUUGGGGAAACAUUUUUUUUUAACCUUUCAACUCUCGUCUGUGAUAUUCUUCAACACUGAAUCUGCUGGGCCCUCAAAGCGUGUUUGAUUUGUGCCUCGAGGAUAUCCAGGAUACAUGCGUUUUUCAUUCGCAUAAUGGAGGAUUGUCCGGUUCGUUGUUAUGCAUAUGUUAUAACGCCGUGAUUUUGGGGGUGUUUACAUUUGUGUUUCUUGCCGUGGAUUGCAAAUUUGGAAUUUCUCUCCCAGGCGACUCAGCGAAAAGGGAAGUAGAGAGAGAGAGCGGGGAUCAAGACACUGCCACCUCGCUGGAUCACACCACGGGAUUUAAAUAAUUGCAUGUUCUAAAAAAGGAUAUACAUGUGGCUAUUCGGUGUUUAACCGACCCAAUCAGGUUUGCAGGAUGAGUAAAGACAGACCCAAAAGGAACAUCAUACAGAAGAAAUACGACGACAGCGAUGGGAUCCCAUGGUUAGAGGAGCGCGAGGUGAGGAAGGUGCUUUACCUUUCCCUGAAGGAGUUUAAGAACACCCAGAGGAACAAGGUGACAGAUGGCCUCGGCACAGGAAAUAUCAAUGGCUCUUUCCCACACAGCCAUGGCUGCCGAUCAGGACCAAAGGCAGGGCUACUGGCAGUCAACGGUAAAGCUGAGUGCUCACGCUGCUCGUCUCAAAGCAAUGAUGGCAGCAGCGAGUAUUCAGGGGACGAUCCAGUCAGAAAGAGACCGCGGCUGCAGGCUCAGAGGAAGUUUGCCCAGUCUCAGCCCAGCUCCCCCAUUGCCACACCAGUCAAGCUGUCUGAGACCCUCCUGUCCCCCAGCCCCACCUCCCCCCUCAGCGACCUCACCAGACGCAAGCCCAAGACCGAGGACUUCCUCACCUUCCUCUGUUUACGAGGCUCGGCUGCGUUGCCAGGCAACAUGGCGUACUUUGGGAGUGCCCAGGAUGAUGUGGAUCUGGAGGAUGAAGAUGAUGAGGAGGAGGAGUGUGACGACAGGAUGUCAGCUCUCAGCCACAACUCCACUUCCUGUCCGUCCUCACAGCGGAAAAACAAAACAACGCCGGGGAAGAAGGUUUCCAAUGGACAUGUGUUGAAUGGCCACAGCAGGUCCUUACGGGGGAAGGAGCUCAUCCUGAGGCCCAGAGGGAGAGAGGCUGUCCAGGCCAGAGAGAGGGCUGAGCGGGGAGAGGCCCGGAGGGAGCACCAGAGGACCUCUAAAGGACCCCCAGCCAGGACCUCCGGCACCACCCACAGCCUUCGCCACAGCAGGCCCACCCAGGAGCACCCAAAGCAGGUUUCAAAAGUGAACAGGCUGUCGCGGGUAUCGUCAGCUACUGUACGCAACUCCUGUGCCAAAAAGCCCCCGGCCUCCCGAACACUGCCGUCCAGAACUGUGAAGUCCACAGCCGCAGCGCUUCCCAGGGGCCACAUCCCCUACACCAAAGCCAGACUUCUCAAAGAGGCCAAACUCACACUGGGCAAAAGAGCCUCCUCCAAAGCUCGCCAACCCAUGAAGAACCACCGCCGCCCUGCCAGUGGCAGUGCCCGCCACCACCCUCACCCUCGCACACCACACUCCAACUCAGGAAAAGCCUCAAGCGGCGAUGCAAAGACUCCCAACAAACAGGAGGUACAAUCCAACAAGGCAGCCGGCGGGUGUUGCCUACAGCGAGUCAACGGGCAGCUUCACCCACGCCGAUGUGGCGGUCAGCAGGUACUGCAGGGGCGUGAGGGCGUCAGACACUCCAAGAGACGUCUGGGGCUCCCGGCUGAGGAGUGUCCGAAAGAGACACCGGAGUCUUCAACGGAGGUCAAAAAGGUCAGACUGCAGGUCAACGCCCCGGAGACACGAAGCAGCAGGAAGGUCAACGUCCAGGAGAAGGCUGUGGCGGUGUCAGGCGGCCAUCUUGGUAAGGUCACGUCAUCCCGACCUUCCUCCUCGGAGCGAAGACCGAAACGAGCCUCCGCUGGCAAGCUGAUGUUGACCCGACAGGCACAGCCCAUAUCCCCUAUUGCUAAUACUACUACUACUACUACUACUACUGCUACUACACCACCAGCUGAUAACACUACUUCUAAGAAAACUUUCCAGGCCACUUCCAAGAACACUUCCCAGGGAUCUUCCAAGGGCACUUCCACCUCCACUUUCUCUACCUCAGCAGCCAAGGUCAAACCAGGCACCAGCAGCCCAGCUAAAGCAGCAGCAGAGCCUAAAGCAGCAGAGAGGCAGCGGGGAGAGCGGGGGAGUGGGGAGAAGAGAGGUGCAGCACGACCCCCGCCCCUGUCCCUAACCGAGGUGCCAGUAUUCAGACCCAGCCUGGAGGAGUUCCAGGACCCCCUGGUGUACGUAGAGGCGGUGCGGGUGCAGGCAGAGAGCUAUGGGCUGUGCAUGGUGGCGCCCCCUCAGGACUGGAGGCCAGAGUGCAAGCUGAAGGAGGACAUGAGGUUUGUGACCCAGGUGCAGCACAUCCAUAAGCUGGGUCGGCGCUGGGGGUCCAACGUACUCAGGCUGGCCUGCAUCAGGAAACACCUCCAGGCCCAGGGUAUCUCCAUGGAAGACCCCCCGCUCAUAGGCGGCUGUGAGUUGGACCUGGCCCGGUUCUUUCAGCUCAUCAACGACAUGGGCGGCAUGCAGCAGGUCAGCGACAUGAAGAAAUGGAGUAAGCUAGCCGACCAGCUCCGUAUCCCCAAGACUGCACAGGAUCGUCUGGCCAAGCUGCAGGAGGCCUACUGCCAGUACCUACUGUCCUACGACUCCCUGGACCCCGCUGAGCGCUCCCGCCUGGAAAGGGAGGUGCUGGAGGAGAAGGGGAGGCUGGAGAAGAGGAGGGGGCCCCUGGAGGGCCACCCAGAUGACUCCCAACAGAGCCUGCUCCAGUUGCCCCGCUGUGAGCCCAAGAAUGGCCUGGUAAACGGGGUGGUGCAGAGGAACGGCCUGCCCAGGAGCCUGGAGGAAGGAGAGAAAGAGGUGAAGAAACAGGAGGAGAUGUGGCUGAGGUCCAGGAGGAGGCUGUUCGCUCAGGAGAAGAAAGGAGGAGCGGAGGAGGAGAAAGCAGAAGAGGAGGAAGGGGUUCUCAGCGACCAGCACAAGUGUAUAUACAGGGGGAAGUCGGUUUCUCUCACUACGUUCUACAGGACUGCCAGGAAUACUAUGAACAUGUGCUUCAACAAGGAGCCUGGGACGGCUGAGGUGGAGCAGGAGUACUGGAACAUUGUGGAGCAGAGGGAAUGUCACGUUGCAGUGCACUGUGGGAAAGUGGACACUAAAACUCAUGGGAGUGGCUUCCCUGUUGGAAAGUCAGAGCCGUUUUCGAAACAUGGAUGGAACCUUACAGUCCUUCCCAAUAAUUCAGGAUCCAUUUUACGCCAUCUUGGUGCUGUGCCAGGUGUGACCAUUCCGUGGCUGAACAUCGGCAUGGUCUUCUCUACCUCAUGCUGGUCGCGAGACCAUCAUCGCCUUCCAUACAUUGAUUACUUACACACUGGUGCUGACUGCAUUUGGUACUGUAUUCCUGCUGAGGAGAAGAUGAAGCUGGACAAGGUGGUUCACACACUACUGCAGGCUAAUGGAACCCCAGGACUGGAGAUGUUGGAGAAGAACAUCAUGAUCUCUCCGGAGGUGCUGUGUCGAGCGGGGGUCAAAGUGCACCGGACCGUCCAGCAGAGUGGCCAGUUCGUCGUCUGUUUCCCGGGAGCGUUCGUCUCCAAGGUGUGCUGCGGCUACAGCGUCUCCGAGACAGUGCACUUCGCCACCCCCCAGUGGCUGAACACGGGAUACCAGGCUGCCAAGGAGCUGAAAUGUCGACACAUAGAGAGGUCCUUCUCCAUGGAGAAGUUGCUGUAUCAGAUCGCAAUGUCAGAAUCUAAACGGGAGAAUGGUCUCAUUCUGAGGACCAUGACCUCACUUCUCAAAGACCUCAGGGAUACAGAGUUGAGACAGCGCAGGGAUCUGUUUGACGCCGGGCUGCGGUCCGUUGCCCGCUACUGUAGCCAUGACAACCAGGCCUCAUCGGAGAGUAGGAGGAUCCAGCGCCAGUGGCUGAGGCUCGACCCCUCGGACCGACGCUGCCAGGUGUGCCAACACCUCUGCUACCUCUCCAUGGUGGUCCAGGAGAGUGAGAACGUGGUGUUCUGUCUGGAGUGUGUCCUGCUGUACGUACAGAAACACAAGUCCUGCCGAGGCCUCAAAAUGAUGUACCGUUACGACGAGGACCAAAUCAACCAUCUGGUGAGCAGGGUGUGUGGGAGAGUGCAGGAGAGGAGAGGGACGAGAGGACUCCAGGGCCCCGGUGAGACGGCACCCCCGGCCAAACGCAGCCCCCGAAACAGAACCUCCAUCACAGUGUCUCUCACCCGCCUCCCCUCCUCCACCCUGCCCAAGACCGCCCUCGGCUCUAAAUAACUCACAUCAUCGGCCGCGCUCCAAUACUUCACAUCCUUCCUUCCUGGGUUCUGUGAGGUAAACACAGAUCUACAAGUGGUUAGGUUACUACCACCCAAUUACUGUCACCAAUCCAACUAAUUCAGAGCUGUGAUUACUUCAAUGAAGGAAGGAAGUACUUCUGAAGUAUUCCAACAGGACCAGUGCUUCACUAUGGUACAUUGCUCUCUGCUCAGUGUGGAGAAUGUGCUCCUUAAAUCACAGCUUUUGCACUAGCGUAAAUAUAUGUUGUUUUUAAGAGGCAUUAAUGGCUGGAUUCAAUCCGUGUAGGAGGAUCCGCAUUAUAGCUCGGUUGAAAUUUGAAGGCAAUGUUCCCGCGUUCGCGGAGACUGCAUUCACGGUAAAUGCUGCAUGUCAGCUCAAUCGGAAAUUACCUUUAAAUGUUAGCGCGGAUCUUCCACGAUACGGAUUGAAUCCAGCCCUUCGUCCAAUACUGUAUAUUGUAUCUAGAUAUCACAAUAUCCCCCCAGCUACACCUACUGUUAUUACCUACAGACUUCACUUCACUGGUGCUACAACAUGGUGCUCAAUUUAUACUGUCAUUGGUGUAAUAAUAAUAAUAAUAAUAAUAAUCUCUCUUUUGCUCAAAGCCAUUGGACUGCAUCCUGAACUGUGAACAAGUUUUUAGAACUUUACCAAUAAGUUGAUUCUACACACAAUUUCGCGUUAGUAUCCAACCAGUAAUAAGGCUCUUCAGGGGUUUGUAAUACAUGAAUACGAUACAAAGAUAUUUCCAGCGGAGCGCAAAAAGUGGGUCGUAUUUAUUAGUGCUAAACAUAGCAAAACAUUUUGCGACGGAAAACAAAAACAAGCGUUCCUUAUUGGACAUGUUCAGGUAGCCCCUCCCCGUAUUGGACCUUUUGCUUCCGUUUGGUUCCUAGUGAAUACGACCCUGGCCUCAGAUCAUUUAUGUUAUAAGUGUUUAGAGAAUUGGCCAAGAGUAGAACGGUCAUCCUGGGCUUCACACCGCUCAUCUGACCAUGUUGGUGUGAAACGCUGUGCCUACUAAUCAUUUUCAAUCACUUCUGGUGCCCAUCGUUUUUUGUUUUGUGACCAAGUUACCCACUCUAGACGCUUAUAGGCUCUUCACCUGCAACUCUUUGGUUUCCAGGGCUGCGUUCCAAACGGCAGCCUGUCCCCCUAUUUCGAGCACUAGUUUUGACCAGAGCCCCAUGGGCACUUUAUAGAGAAUAGGGUGUCAUUUGGGACGCACACCAGGUGUUUUAUCAAAGGACAAAGACUGAAAUCUAAAAACCACAACCACAACAGCAUUGUACAUAUAGAAACCUGUCAAUGUCUAAAUCUACAUGUACCUGAGCGUUUUGAGGAAUGGAGUGUUUUGGAGGAGAGGACACGAUGAAGGAAAAGCCUUACCUGUUUUCAGUUUCUUCAUCUGUGGCCCCGUAUACACUCAACGGUUGUGAUACAAAACAAAUGACAAUUACACAAGCGUUGUGGAGACAGUGAAACGGUUGUGUAAACAUUUUUGUGCAGACAAAAAUAUAUAUUGUAUCACAACCACUGUGUGUCAAAUGUGUUGGACUGUAGUUGUAUGAGGCCAGGGUUGCCCCGGUAACAUGUAUGGAUAAGUGCUGCUUAUAUCACUGAAGUACAGCGUUGUUUGAAUCCUGUUGUUUUUUAGCUUGACUUUUUUAAGAAAAGGGAAAAUGAGUAGAAUAGUAAAUAAAUAAAAAUCAACUAUGUACAGAAGGAGUAACUCCCGUUGUUGACCUCCAGCCUCGAGACAAGAGUCCUUUAAAUCAGCUUGUUGAGACCCCUUACAAAAACAAUCAAUUUUAGAAGUUCACAUAUAUACAGAGUUUGGUGUUUUUGAAAAAGCGUGGUUAAUGUUUCUUAAGGUAUUGUUUUGGUUGUUUUUUUACAGUACAACAGGCUCACUGCAGCCGACGAGUCUAAUUUAUUAUCACGGAUUCUGUUUUCCUUCCAUGCUGAUUGAAGUUGGACAAUGACUGUUUUAUUUUCUACUUUUAUUUGUUAGUACCUUUUAAGGUUUAAUAAAAAGGUUUGACAGUGUCUA